ACUCGGAGCCUCCACCUGCCCCGCCGCCGUGCACGGAUAGCAUGUGGUGUACAUAGGCCGCCGACUGUACAUGCACUUCCUCGAUUUAUCUGAAUCAGUCGCAGAGUUUUUAAACGUCCUCCGAGACAACCUGUGGCAACUCUGCUAUCGCCAUAUCCGCUGGACCGGUCACGCCCGUGAUCAUCACGCGACUUCUCUCUGUCAACAUAACCUCUCCAGGCCUCCUCAUCCUUGCGUCUCACCACAAUGGCCGCACCAGACCUCAAGCAGCUCCUCGGAAAUCGCCCAAGCUCGGAGGUCAUUGUCGCGUAUAUCUCUCAUCUUGGCUUUCUCGUACCCGACGCGUCCGCGUCACCAGAAGUCAAGUCCUACCCGGACGCUAUCUACUUCAACUACUUCCCCCUUGGCCUCAGUCUGCUCUUCAAACCUGUCAACGGCUAUAAGCCAAAGACGGGCAUGAAGCGCGAAGAUCUCAAGGAUGUCGAUCUCGUCCUUGAUGGCAUAGAUAUAUACAACGUACCACCUCCAAAGCCGGGUGCGACCAGCAGACACAAAUCAGCUUACUCGCUAUAUCCAGUCGAGGAUUUCACGAUACGUUUGGUCGCGAUACCCGAUAACGCUCGUCCCGCAACCAUGGAGGUCAAGCGGACGACCACUGGCAAGGACUUUGUAUCCGUCUUGGGCGAACCAGACAGAAAGGGUGGUGGCGCUGGUCCGUCAUCCGGAUCGAUCGGGAUUUGGUGUGAGUGGUCAAAGGAUGGAGUGAUGGUCGAGUUCGGAGGAGAUGAAAGUCGAGGUCCACAAGCAUGGGAGAAGGGGAAAGACGCGGUAUGGAAGGUUAUCAGUAUCUUCUCAUCACCAUCAGGAGACGCGUAGCCAUGUAGUUUCAAAGCGUAAGUCUCUCAUAUCCACCUGUAUAAAUUUGACAAAUUCCGGUCGUACAUGGCAGACUUGUCAGAUCAAAUUUCUACUGCCCAUCUAAAGGGGACGCUGCAAUGACAACUACGUUAAAUGAUAUCCGACACAAAGGCUAGAGUCGUGAUCACUUACUAUAGUCAUAUACAAGGCGUGCCUUGAUCUCCUCUCCAUUAGGCCCAGUGAAGAACACAUGACGAGUGUACUUUCUCUGCCCUUCGAUUUCUUGGAUACCCCAUGUCUACCGGCGUGUCA